UGUAGUUUGUGUUUUAAGACUGUGAUCAGAGAUCGCAAAUUUCUCUCAAAUAUCUCUUACAUGGGAUUAAAUGUUCUAAAAAGAGAGCGCAAUGAAUGAACAGUUCAAAUACUGGUACAGUAUCUUGAUAACUAUACGACUUGUCAUUUGAAAGGAAUACUGUUGUACUGGUAGCAACGGUCAUUGUAGCAUACAACUUGUUAACGCAAACGUUUCAAUUUAUUUUCGGGGAUUUGAAAUAGAAAACGUUAUCAUUAGUACAAAUAUGUGACAUUUAGUUCAGCAUAUCGGAAUUACAAAUUAUGAAAAGGGGAUUAAAUAAAAUGUUGUUAAUGACUGCAAUGUUCGAAACAAUUGUUUCAGUUCAUGCCUUAAAGUGCUGGAAGUGUAUUGCACAUGACUGUAAUGCUGACCUUGAAGACAAUUACAAAGCAGCAAAGGUCAAAUGUCAGGAAGGUCAAAUGUGUAUGAAAGUUCGGUACAGAAUGUUUGACAAUGUGACACACUAUGAUUCUGUUAUACGGACUUGUACAGACACUAAUUGUGACACAUCCUCCAUAGAUGAUUUCUUCUCGUGUAUAGCCAACCCUGCAAAAUACAUGAUCGGAGGUUGCACAUUGCGUUCGUGUUGUGACGACAAAGAUCUAUGUAAUAUAAGUGUUAAAACAGUGACGUCAGGAUUUCAUAUACUUCUUUUCACUAUGUGCAUGGCGCAUUUGAUAUAAAACAUUAUGUUAAAAGAAGUGUUUUAUGUCAAACAGAAUUAAUUUUGUACAUAAAAACAAAGCAUUCACAUUUGUCUUUCAAAUUGACAGCUACAGUUAAAUAAAUGUUAUCAAUUGGAAAUAAUAUUAAAGAGAAUCUGCGAAAUACAAUUACAGAAUCUUAUCUUUCAUAAAAUAAUUCUUCCCUUGAUU